AUGGCGCUGGCGGACAGCGCCCGGGGGUUGCCGAACGGGGGCGGCGUGUCCCCGGCGGCGGGGCCGGGCUCGGGGGCCGCGGGCUCGUCCGCCUUCCCGGAGAUCGUGGAGCUGAACGUGGGCGGGCAGGUGUAUGUGACGCGGCGCGGCACGGUGGUGUCGGUGCGGGACUCGCUGCUCUGGCGCAUGUUCUCGCAGCAGCAGCCGGGCGAGCUGCCCCGGGACAGCAAAGGCCGCUUCUUCCUCGACCGCGACGGCUUCCUCUUCCGCUACAUCCUGGACUACCUGCGGGACCUGCAGCUGGUGCUGCCCGAGCACUUCCCCGAGCGCAGCCGCCUGCAGCGGGAGGCCGAGUACUUCCAGCUGCCCGAGCUGGCGCGCCGCCUGGCGCAGGGCCGGGGGGCGGCCGGCGGGGGGACGCGCCCCGCUGCCCUCUACCGCGACGGCUCCCUCUGCGCCGACGAGCCCCCGGCCCUGCUCGGCUACCUGGAGGCGGAGCCGCCCGAGGCUGGCGGCGCCGCCUCGGCCCCGUCGCCCAGCUCCAGCCGCAGCCCCUCGGGCGGCCCGCUGCUCACCCCGUCGCAGUCCCUGGACGGCGGGGCGGGGCGGCGCUCGGGCUACAUCACCAUCGGCUACCGCGGCUCCUACACCAUCGGGCGGGAGGCGCAGGCCGACGCCAAGUUCCGGCGCGUGGCGCGCAUCACCGUGUGCGGCAAGACGGCGCUGGCCAAGGAGGUGUUCGGCGAGACGCUGAACGAGAGCCGCGACCCCGACCGCCCCCCCGAGCGCUACACCGCCCGCUACUACCUCAAGUUCAACUUCCUGGAGCAGGCCUUCGACCGCCUCUCCGAGGCCGGCUUCCGCAUGGCCGCCUGCUCCUCCACCGGCACCUGCGCCUUCGCCCCCGAGCAGGGCGGCCCCGCCGACGACAAGAUCUGGACCAGCUACACCGAGUACGUGUUCUGCAGGGACUGAGCCGGCAGACAGGCCGGGGCUGGCCGCCCUGUGCGCCCCCGGCCCCUCACACACAGCGCCCGCCAUCAGCCUCUGCCCUACACUCCCCCCAUGCCCUCGGCUGUGCGCCAGCCCUUCCUCCCCCACUCCCCGCACAGGAGAUGUUUGAAACUGCCUGUCCCCUCCCUACCUCUCAGACCCAGGGGGUGAGCGGAGCUCGGGACUCUCUUCCCAGGAACUGGGCACCAUACCCACUGAGAAGGGGGGAGGGACACCACUCCCAUGUUUUAACUUCUCCUCCCAUCCCAUUCCCAUGUUUUAACUUCUCCUUCAGCAACCUGGCAGAUUUACAACUGCCCACCCAACUAUGAUGAGUAGGACAGCUGUCUGGGAUGAUGGGUUACCUCUCUUGCUCAUGAUUUUCCUCCAGGAAGAGUGUGUGGUUGGGGGCUGCAAAUGACUGAUCCUCCAGGACCAAUUACUUCCUUAUUCCUUCCUACUCCAUCUCCAUCCUUCCCCAAAGCCCUGAACUUAGAAACUCUUGAACUGGAUCAAGUGUGUGUGUCUGAUGAAGAAGACUGAUGGCCAAGGACAAGUAUCAAACCAAGUACUCUGGAUUACCAACCACUUAUCAACUUGGAAGAACAAUGUCUAUCCUCACUAGAUAUAAAGCAACAAUUUCUUGAAAACUUAGUGCUUGUGAAUCAUAACUUUCAUAGGUGAUGUAAAAUCCUUAGUGUCACAAAGUUACCAUAUACGGGAACUACAUAAAAAUCCAUUGCACAUUCCUUAAACUCCUUUAAAAUGGAUUGAUAUGACAUAAACCAGGCUGGUCAGAGAGGAGGUAGAGUGCCUGUUUCCUAUGAAAGUGAGAUUUUUAGAUGUUGAAGUGAUACAAGUUUACAAAUCCAAGUAAAAACAAGUGAAUCCUGCUUGCUACUUUCAGUGUUGUCACUUUAGCACUAUAUAAUUGUUGAAGUUGACCGAAAUGCUUCCUCAGAUGGCUUUCUUAACAAAUUAAAUACUGAUUUUUAGUUUUUUGUAGCAGUAUUAUCAGAGAAAUCACACUGCUGAGUAACAUUUCCUAGGCAUAAUAAGUACUUUCUCAAAAAAAGGUACAGAACUAAAGGCAGCUCCUACAAAAACAGGAGCAACAAUCAUUCCUUCAAUGGGAGUUAACCCUCCUUACUGUAGUGCUGAACUUGGUCUAUAUAAGCUAACA